ACAUAAACCAUUUUUGUGACCAAAUAGCAUAUCCAAAGACUGGUUCUGCCUGUUUAAGUUUGAAAAGUUCUCUUUUUAAUUGGGGAAGUAGAACAUAAAUCAGUUGACUUUUCACUAUCAGAAGAAAGAACACAUGUUUGUGUAUAUGUACAUCUCUGUGAAUAUAUAAUCAUUUGUUUUCUUCAGUUUUAGAGACCAGGUUUGAAGUAAAUGGAAUGACUACAAAGCAGAUUAUUUUUGGGGGAGAAUCUCACCAGCAAAGAUUCAUAAAUGAUGAUGCCUCUGCCUUCAAUUUAAGGGAAAUCGGUGGCUCAAAUAUGAAAGGAGAUAAAAAUUCAAAGCAUUGGCAUGAAUUUGAAAAAACUGGGAAUAUAUCCAGACAGUCUUCAGCCCUAAGUCACUGUAAGAAAAUGACCUCACGGAAUGAGCACUUUCAGAUAAUGAAUAUAGCAAAGGUUUUCCUGAACAAGAAAAAGUCCUUUUUCAAUCCCCUGAAAAGCAAAUAUAUCAAGAUAAUCCAUGGGAAAUGGCCAUCAACUGGGGUUCAGACCUCCUUAGACAUCAAAAAAAUACUGGAGAAAUGCUUUCUGUUAAUGAUAAAAAUAAGGUCUUCAGUCAGAACUCUAAGCUCAUUACUCAUCCAAAAAUUCACAUUAGAAAGGACCCUAAUGAAUAUAAUGAAUAUGAACCAACCUUAUUCCAUCACUCAUCUUUUCCUUAUCAUCCUAGAUUUCAUACUGUACUGAAGCCAUAUGCAUAUAAUCAGUGUGAGAAGACCUUUGAUUCCAACUCAGAUCUUAAUAGACAUCAGAAGAUUGACACUGGAGUGACAUUUUAUAAAUGUAAUGAAUGUGGGAAGGGUUUCUGCUACAGAUCACUCCUUAUUGGCCAUCAGAGAAUUCACACUGGUGAGAAACCUUUUGAUUGUAAUCAAUGUGGAAAGGUUUUUAGACAGAUGCUGCAUCUUUCUUUACAGCAGAGAAUCUGUGGUAGAGAGAAACCUUAUCACUGUAAUCAAUGUGGAAAGGCUUUCCAAUUUAACUCCCAUCUUGCUGUACAUCAGAGAAUUCACACUGGAGAGAAGCCUUAUGAAUGUAAUCUUUGUGUAAAAACUUUCACAUAUGGCUCUAGUCUUGUUAAACAUCAGAGAAUCCACACUGGAGAGAAACCUUAUAUAUGUAAACAGUGUGGGAAGGCUUUCCGAUUCCGCUCCAGCCUUACUGAUCAUGAGAAAAUCCACACUGGAGAGAAGCCUCAUGAAUGUAGUCAAUGUGGAAAGGCUUUCCGACAGAGCUCUAAUCUUGUUGCACAUCAGAGAAUCCACACUGGGGAGAAACUUUAUGAAUGUAAUCAAUGCGGAAAGGCUUUCACACAGAGCUCCAGUCUUGCUGCACAUCAGAGAAUCCACACAGGAGAGAAACCUUUUGAAUGUAAACAGUGUGGAAGAGCUUUCACAAAGAGCUGUAGUCUUGCUGAUCAUGAGAAAAUACACAGUGGAGAGAAACCUUAUAAAUGUAAUUACUGUGGAAAGGCUUUCACAGUGAGGGGCAAUCUUGCUAGACAUCAGAGAAUCCACACUGGAGAGAAACCUUUUGAAUGUAAACAAUGUGGAAAGGCUUUUACCCAGAGUUCGAGUCUUGCUGCACAUCAGAGAAUCCAUACUGGGGAAAAACCUUUUAAAUGUAAACAGUGUGGAAAGGCUUUCAUAAAGAGCUAUAGUCUUGCUGAUCAUGAGAAAAUCCACAAUGGCGCAAAACCUUAUGAAUGUAACCACUGUGGAAAAGCUUUCACAGUGAAGGGCAAUCUUGCUAGACAUAAGAAAAUCCACACCUGAUAGAAAUCUUUUGAAUGUAAUCAGUGUGGAAAAGCUUUCAAAGAGCUCCAGUUUUGCUAAGUUUUAAAAAAUCCACACUGUUUUGAGAAAAUGUAUGAAUGUAAAUAAUGCAGACUUUCACAAAGUGUUCCAGUUUUACUGCACAUCAGAGAAGUCACAGUGGGAAAAAACUCCACGAGUGUCGUGAAUGUGGCUUAACUUUGAGUUACUACUCAAGUUAUUUUAAGGGAAGAGAAUUCACACUGCAGUGAAACUUUAGGAGUAUAAUCAAUAUAGUAAAGCCUUUAGGCAACAAUCAUCUCUUACUUUAUAUUUGAGAAUUUAUGUUUACAUAGAAAUCUCAUCUCUAUCAUGAAUGAAGAAAAGCAUUUAAAUGGGAGUUCAGGACUUGUUCAGUAUUAUAAAAUUCAUUUUGAUGACUGGCUUUGUGUUAACUCAUUGUGGGAAGACUUUCAACCAGAGGUCAUCUAUCAUUUCUAUCAGAAGAUUCAUUGGAGAAGCCUUACAAAUGUGCUCAUGGAAUUGUGCUUUUCUCUGGAGAAGAGUGAUCAGCAGACAACAAUAUUUAUAUGAAAGAAUACAAAAUCACUGGUUAUAGGAAGGACUUUCCCUAAAUCUCAUUGUUGAUUCCCUUGGAGAAUCAUGUUGGAGAUAAAACUUACAUAUCUAAUUAACAAGGGAAGGCCUCUUGCUGAAGCACAGAUGACAUUGGACCUCUCAAUAGAAGAGACUUCAUUAAACAUCUCAAAUUUCAUACUGUCCAUAAAACCCUAUAUAUGUAAUGAUUUUUUCUUUGAAAUCUUAAUGUUUAUUGUCACCAUUCAUCAAUUGUUCUCAACAUUAUAGACUAUCAUUUCUUCAACCAUUGCCCAAUUGGUAUUCACUUUGUUCCCUGUUGUUUGCUAGCACAUCCUUGUAUAAAUGUUUUGGUGAUUGUUGAACAUUUAUCACUGUAAUGCUUUCUUUAAGCAGCUAAGUGGUGCAGUGGAUAAAGUGAUGUGCUUAGAGCCACAAGACCUGAAUUCCAGUUUGAUCUCUGCUACUUACUGUGUGUCUCUGAGUAAGUCACAUAACCUAUUCCAGCCUGAGUCUCCCCAUAUGUAGAACGAGAAUAAGAGCAUCCAACUUCCAGUGUUGGUGUAAGCAAUUAGUGAGCCUUUAUUUGUAAAAUGCUUUUCAAGAUUUUGAUUAUGGAAAUGCUAGCUUUUUCAGUGACUGUUAUUCUUUGGAUCAUUAGUCUCAUGGUAAAAUCGGUAGGUUGAUACAUAGGGAGAGUUUUAGUUGCUUUUAUUUUCAUUCAGAUUGAUAUUCAGAACAGAGUAGAGGAAGACAUUAACUGUAAUGGAAGGGCAUAGAUUUAGAAUCAGGGAAAACUUGUGUUCAAAUCCUGACUCAGAUUCCCCCUCGAUCUCUGAGUCUGGGCAAGGAACAGCUUCUCUGUGCCUUACUUGAUUUAUCUCAAAAUGAGGAGAGUGGGUUUGAUGGUUCUUUCUCACUCUAAAUAUGUAUUCUCAUCAAGCAUAUGAGAAUGUUUGUUUCAUUCCCACCACCUCUUCUAAUAUUACAGGGAAAGAGCCCUAGGAAGACCAGAUCUGAACUAAUACAAGAAAAUGGUAGUCAUCCAAACGAUUCUGUCCUAUUUACAUAAAGAUCUUGAGAAACUGAAAAAAAUUGGUGUAAUGUAUAAAAGAAAAUGAGUAUAGUAAUCUUGUGUUCAAUUAAAGACCUCUACUAUGGGGCUCGUACUUAUUAAUCAGCAUAAAAUAACCAGAAGUUAGUCUAGCAGAAAGCACAUAUGGGCUAGCAUCUCACAUUGUUGACUAAGAUGAUCUCUUAAUGAACAUAUGAUUUAGACAUAAAAAAAAAUCAUGUCAAAAAAAAAGAAAAGAAGAGAAACCAGGAAGGAGACUUACUUAUGGAUAAUUGAAGAAUUCAUCUCCAAUCAAUGGACAGAGAACUCAGAAAAUAAAAUCAGCAAUUUUCAUAAUAUAAAAAGAACAGUACAUCUAAAAUAUUAAAAGUAGCAAUUAAUUGGGAAAUAGAUUUGUAGCAAGUUUCCUUCAUGAAGCACCUAUCUCAAAGGUAUAUAAAGAAGCAGUAACUGUAUAUACAAAGAUAUAUAAAAAUGAUCAAACGCUAUGAAUAGGGAAUUUUGAAAGGAAGAAAUGCAAAUUAUCAACCAGUCUUUGGAAAAACUACAUCUGUAAUUAUUAAUUGAAAUCACUAAUAAUUAGACUUUCAAAUUGAUAAAAAAAAAAAUGAGAAGCACAGAUGUAGGAGUUUUUUUCCUUUUUUACCUAGAAGAGAGCAAAUCAGUGAGAAAUCAGUGUAAUUUUAAGCAAUUUUAAGGAAAAAUGCUGCAAAUCAAUAAUUAAAUGAGUGCAAAUUAAAUUAACUCUCAGGCUCUACCUAUUCACCAUGCAAUUGACAAACAUGACCCAAAAAAGUGUUGGAAUGACUGAGGAAAAAUUAAUUGACUGUUGAUAUUGUGAAUUUCUCCCCAAAUCAUGAAAGUGGGUACACUCUGAUUCAGCAAUACCGAUAGAGAUACUUCAGUAGAAAAAAGAACCCAAGUGCACAAAAACAUUGACACUAACUUCUUUUAUAUUAAAGAACUAGAAAGUAAGAUGUCAUGUCCUAUACUAGGGCAAUAGUAGAACAAAUUCUGGUAUGUGAAUAUUUUAGAAGAAUGAAAUAUCACAAAAUACAGGCAAUUUUGGUCAAAUCCAAGAAGAUUUGUAUAAACCAAUAUAGAUUAGAAGGAACAAUUGAUAAUAGCACCAUUGUGAAAGCCAACAACUUGGCAAGAUGUUGGACCCCUUAUUGGGGGAUGGAUAUAAGCUAUAGAGUAAAAAGUACAUUCUGGGCAAUGGACAGUGAUAAUUGGUUUUCCUUCACUAUGUGAUUUCAUCAAAAAUAUUUUGUUUGUUGAUUUUUUUCCCCUUUUGGAUAGGGAAAGUUGGCAAUGUGAAGUAGACUAGGAAUAAGAUUGUC